UGUAAUUUUCAUUUUCCAGUAUAAUAAAUUAAUCCACGUCAUUCUACGUAAUUUUAUUCUAAAAAGAAGAAUUAGUCCGGAGAAGAAUUAGCAGCAUAGUAUUCCAUAACAAAAAAGUGGUGUCAGAAGUGGGAUCUCAGUAACAGAGUUCCUCUGGUUGCUGAGAGAAAGAAAAGCUGAGGAAAUUUCGAAUUGGCUUAUUUCCUUCGAGGAACCAUUCAGAAAAAACUGUCAGUGUGGAAAAUUCGCCACUACAACAACUGUUUACAUUAGGGUCCAGUACAAAUCCAGUUCCAAAUCCAGUGCCAGCCCAAGUUACUACUACCCUAUUGUAGUAACAAUCUGAAGUAGAGGUGAACCAGGAAUAAGAGACUAUGCGACUAACCAUGAAAUUAAUAUUCUGCAUGUAAGUACAUUCUUUCUUAAAUUCUGUCUCAUACCUAUAUACUAAGUCAUAAAAAAAACGUAAAAGAUUAUAAAUGUAUGUUUACCAUAUAUCCUGAUAUAAGCAAAUUAUUUGACGAACAAAUACCUUCUCCCGACUCAAUUUCUUUCUCAAAUUCUACUACUUCUAAUUCUAAUAACAUGUCAUUAUCAAUUGAAAUAGCUGAAAAACUUCUUAUAAGAUUCGAUGGUACAAAAUCAAAACUAUACGAAUUCAUAGAUAAUUGUGAUAAAGCUUACAAUCUAGUAAAUCCACAAUCCAAAGCAAUUUUAUUAGCCAUUAUAGAAACUAAAUUAACUGAUAAAGCUAGGGCCAUAACUAGAAACCGAACAUUUGAUGCAUGGAAAGAUUUAAAAGAUUUCUUAUUAGAUGCUUAUUCUGAACGCCGAACGGAAGGUCAGUGGCAAUUGGAAUUACAUUCCUUACGUCAGAUGCCCAGUGAAAAUGUAAUGUCAUUUUCAAAUAAAGUUGAGAACUGUUAUAUAAAAUUAAUAAAUACACUUGAUCCAAAUUUAUCUCCAGAUGCAAGAAAUGCUUGUACUAAACUUUUAAAAAAUCAAGCACUAAAUGUCUUUAUCCGAGGAUUAAACAAAGACCUCUCUAUUCUUAUCAAAGCCCGAAAUCCAGAUUCCUUAGAAAAAGCUGUUGCUGUAGCAGUUGCCGAAGAACAGGAACAGUUAUCAAGGCAAGAAAUUUUUAGACCAUUUUGUAAUAUUUGUAAACGAAAUAACCAUUCCUCAAACAACUGUCGAUAUAAAAACAAUUUAGAUAGAAAUAUUAGGCAUUUUCAAAAUUCUAGUUUUCAAAAUCAAAAAUAUCCUAAUACAAAUCUUCAAAAACCAAAUUUUCAAAAUCGAAAUUAUAAACCCUCAAAUUCAAAUUCAAAUUCCGAUUUUCCUCCAAACUUAAGAAAAGAUUAUACCAACACUUCCCCACGUUUUUGUAGAUACUGCAAAAACAGAGGUCACGUUAUAGAAGAAUGUAGAAAACGCGAAUUUAACAAUAAAAACAAAAAUCCAACAAAUCCUUUAAACUUACAGAAUCCUCGACAAGCAGCGGUCGAUUCUCGAGGAGUUCGUUCAGUUCAGGCCGUAUCGCAACCAUCAACUUCUCAGUCACUUCCUAUGUAGAUUUGCCCAUAGUAAAUAAUAAUUGUAAUCAACUCUUUUGCAAGUUUCUAAUCGAUACAGGUGCAGAUAUUUCUUUAAUUAAAUAUUCAAAAAUACUAGAUCUUCCAAAAAUUUAUUCCGAAUCUAUUACUC